GUAAUGCGUUAAAAAAUGUUUGUGUGUGUGUUGUACCUAAUGAUAAACAGUAGAAACGACGACUGUUUUAUCAAACUAGGUACUUUUAUAUGGUUUACGCACAUAAAAUAAAAUUUCAUAGAUUCGUGUUAUCUCAAGAAAGAUUACAAUAUGAUGUGACUACCGCUAAUCAGGUCGUUUUAAUAAAUUCGGACGACGACGAGUUGAAUCAAGCUUUACUUCUAAUAGACAUGCUGAAAACAGAUGACCUCAAGCUAUUACGCCAAAAGUCUGAAGUAGCCGAGAAUGUUACCGCGAUGGUCGAACAAUCCACUGGCGCAGCAACGCCAGCAACUACUUUCCUGGAAAAUCGAAUGUCUGAAUCGACGCUAAAUCCAACCAUUGUCACUAUUUCUACAACUACAACCAAAGUACCUCACGACGAGAAAAGAGAUUCCACCACACCCAAUAAAGGCGCCGCGGCAUGGCAGUCGUGGCACCCCCCGAUGGGUCACGCCGCGCCCAUGUUUCCGGCGCGGUGGGCAGACCUCGGCACCACGAGGACUUACAGCUACACGAUGCCAUUGUACGAUGCACCUAAUCCACCAAGACAGCCGCGUCCACUGCGUCUACCACUAAGGCCUUGGAGACGUUUCUUUCCUGAUUCUUUUUUUUACGAUGUUCAUCCUCGUCGAUUUCCUAAAUAUCUCCCUUUUAGACGUCCGGACCGUCCGUCAACACUAGCAACAACUAGAGCUAAUAUUGUUCAAAAGACGGUAACAACAGAGAUACCUACAAAAAGUACUAAGAAUAUUAAACACACAUCUAGUAAAACCACUUCGAAAUCUCUACGCACCUCUAAUGGGCGUACAUUUCGGCAACGAACUUCUAAAAAGGCUACAUUUCAUAAAAAGGCUUCAACGUACAUAGAAAAUACCGAUCCAGUAGAAGCAGAGGUAGCUUCAGAACUUUUAAAAGAAUUCAAACUGAUAAAUAUUACUCCAAAAAACAAAAUAAGAAAAAUAGUGACUGUAGGCAGCACAAGCACAGAAUAAUUUUCCCUACAGGUUGCAGGGGAAGUGUUAUUAAAUGUACAUAUAACUCGGCACAUUCCAUCCUCAAAGUCAUACCAGCUUACCUACGUAGAUACUUAAAUUAUUGAU